AAUGUCAGUGUCAUCGCGUCGAAAGUCGUUUACUUACUAACCUAAACCUAUAGCUAUUUUCAAUUUUAUAUUUUGAAUAUUUCGUCAGGUUUUCCUUUGGAAAAAUAAUAAAAGUGAUCAAUGUGAUCACAAAAAACAUAUUAUAAGAAUGUUUUAUAUACGUCUGUAAAGAUGUGAGUAGUCAGUAACGUUAUAUAAAUGAUUGUAAUGGGUAUAUUUUGCUUCUCAAUGUGAUUUAUCUUUCACGACCCAUUGUUUACUAUUAUUGUAAGUCAGUUUAGAUAUGUCGCGACUUACAAAAUAUUAAAUGUAGAAGAAUUCACAAUAAUUUUAACUUCGAAACCAAGGUAAAAUAUAAAAAAAAUUUACUAAAGAAUUAUUCAGAAGAAGAUGGCUGUUUAUAUUGUUUUGAGAAGUUAUUGACUUAUCUAUCUAGUCAUUGCACCAAAAAAUAAGAUAUAAUGUCUAAUAUAAACUUUGAAAUACAAUGUCCAUUGGAUGUGGAAGUUCCCGAGUAUGACUACAGUACCUGGAGUUUUGAUAAAGCAACUUUUCCACAAGCAAAUUUUGAGUUCUUAGACUUUUUUAAUAAUUUUAUGUUACAAAAUUUACCUUGCAUAAUUAAAAAUGUAACAGACAACUGGAAAUGCGCCCAAGAGUGGGUAAAAGGCGAUCAAAUAAAUUAUGAUGGAUUGAUUGAACAAUAUGGUGAUUUUGUCGCUCCUGUAGCUGAUUGCAAAAAUAUCCAGUUUAAUUCUCAAUGCAAAUCAGAUAUGAAAGUACAUGAGUAUAUUGAUUACUUAAAGAACAUAACUGAUAAUAGAAUAUUAUAUUUAAAAGACUGGCAUCUAAGGAGAAGUGUACCAAAUGACAACUUUUAUGAAGUGCCAAAGUAUUUUGCAUCAGAUUGGCUAAACGAAUUUGCUAUGGAUAAAAAUGAGGAUGAUUUUAUGUUUGUAUACAUUGGACCGAAAGGAUCAUGGACACCGUUACAUGAAGAUGUAUAUUGUUCAUAUAGCUGGUCAGUAAAUGUUGUUGGAAGAAAAAAAUGGAUUCUGUUUCCUCCAGGAGAAGAAGAAAAAUUAAAAGAUACACUGGGCAAUCUCCCUUUGCUAUUCGAACCCGAGAAACUUCAGAAUAUUAGAUAUUUUGAAAUCAUACAAGAAAAAGGAGAUGCCUUGUUUGUUCCUUCUGGUUGGCAUCAUCAAGUAUUUAACGAAUCACAUACAAUUUCAGUCAAUCAUAAUUGGAUAAAUGCAUGUAAUGUAGAAAUUGUAUGGAAAGCGUUAGCACAUUCAUUGGUGGUAGUAGAACAUCAAAUUGAAGAAUGCAAAGGCACACCAGAAUUUCCUGCCGAGUGUCAAUUAAUACUAAAAUCCCACUUUGGCAUGGACUUUGAGUCUUUUGUUACAUUUUUGCUUUAUAUAGCUAAGAAAAGACUAGCUCAAAUGCAAGGUAAUUCACGAGACAUUUUUAAAAAGUACUCACUUGGUAUGAGCAUUAUCAAAUUUGAUUUAAAAAAUAUACUAAAAGUAAUGAACUUAAUUUAUCAACAUCCAAUAUUUUUAGAGAAUAACAUAUUAUCUUCAAAGGAAGAUGAAUUUAAACAAGUCAGAAAGGAGCUGAAGACUAUUUUCUCAUAA